CCAUGUUUCGGCGGGGGAAAUAUUUUACGCAUUUUUGUCGGACUUUUCUCAUUUGAAAGGUGAUUUCUUUUAAAAUAGUCCUUAGCUUGCUGUUUUAAAAGAAUGAAGCUCUGAAAAGUCACAAGUUAUGGGUCGGCGAGCCAAAGAUAAGCAGCUUGUGGCUCAGGCUUCCAGAAGACGAACUGUUCUUCAAAUAGACAGAGUAUCAAGAAGAGAAGUUGGGGAGGUUCCCAUGUCAAGUGGUUUAACGAGAACCAUCAAUCCUAACAGCAUAACAGGUAUUGGUUUACUUGGAUCAUAUGCUGACCACAGUGAUGACGAAGAUGAUGAAGAGAACCUUGACAAUAAUGAUCAAAAUGGCUCUAUAAACUAUGAAGAGGACUCUGCUAUUCCCAGCACAUCGUCAACUGGACAGCAUGCGGAAAUUGAUGCCAAAUUGGCAGACUUUUUUAAAGAAAUAGAAUCAAUGGAUGCAGACACCACUAGCACUGUGGAUGAUGGAAUGGUGAACAGACAACCAGAAGAAGCUGUCAGCUCCACCACAGAAGAUGAACGCCCAGUGAUGUCUGUUGCAGAAGGUUCUGACACUUGGGUAGAUGCUGAUGACAAUGGAAAUGAAGCAGGUGACAUGUACCCGUGGCAGGCCUGCCUUGAUGAAGCUACAAACUGUUAUUACUACUGGAAUAUGGAAACAAAUGAAGUGCAGUGGCAUCCUCCUGAACAAUUAUUGUCAGCGGCUCCCGAUACACAAACUGCAGAUGAUGCUCAACUAGCUGGUAUUGAUGGUGAGGAGAAAUGUGAACAAGGUGAUCUAGAAGAUAAAGACGAUUCUGAGGAGGCAAAAGAAAUGGAAAAGGAAGAAAAACUGUCAGAAGAUGCCUCAGAAAACGACAUCAGGGAAGCAAGCUCAAAAGACAACAGCGAUGAUGAUGAUGUUGAGUCCAGCUUUCAAGUGGUUGAUUCAUGGGAAGAUAGAGACAGUGACACUGAAAGGUCAGGAGAAAAGAGAGCUGCCAUACAAAAGGCUAGUAAAUCUGUCGACAAUGAAGAAGAAGUUCCAGCAAAAAGACCAAAGCUUGUGGAAGUGGAUGAGGACUCUGAUGAUGACUUUGCUGCUCAGCUGCUGGAAGACACCUAUGAGAAAGCUGGUAAGCAGGACAUUUUGGUGGAGGAGAGCAUGGAGAUGUCUGAAGAUGAAGCUGACAAAGACAAAAAUGAAGACAAGGAAGAGAAACCUCUGUUGCCACCUGAAGUCUUUGAGCAUCUGAAAACUGUUGGCACAGAGGAGAAAAAAGAAGAAAAAUCUGUUGCAGAGGAAAAAAAGGAGAAGUAUAAUACAGAAGAGGAAGGUUACAGGCUGAAAAUCUUGGAUUUGACGUCAGUGCUCACCAAUAAGCUGGAUUUCCUAGAGGUCUCUCGACAUGGUGUGUCUGACUUGAAGGUUCUGCUCAUUGAAAUGGAGACACGAAUCAGUGAUUGGCGUGAAGGAGCUCUAGACAGCCGUCACUUGAUUGACAAGCUCGGUGAAGCUGACAAGCGGCUCAAGCAGUAUGAGGAGUCUGCGGCCCCCCCUGGCUGGUUGUGCCACUGGGACAGGACACACAAACGAUAUUACUACACGAACAGGGUGACAGGCGACUCGCAAUGGGAGUACCCAUCAGGUGAGAGUGGGACAGAUGUCAAGGAAGACACACCCUCAGUAGAGGCGCCGGUCCAGAGCUCGGCAGCGGCUGUGACAAGCAAUCAGAGUGUGGGAGUGUGGAGCUAUCCAGCUUAUUUGCCGAUGGCUCAAGCGCCUGCGAUGUCAGUUGUCAUGCCAACCGUACCAGUGGUAUCCUCUUCAGUUAAAAUAGAGUCCUUUGUCAAUCCGCCUGUUCCCGGAACAGAUGUUGGCUCUGAAGUUGUGUCAUUCACCGCCUCGUUUCCAUACGAAGAAGAAGAAUCACCUCCCCCUCCCCCAGGUACAGACGAUCUCCCUCCUCUCCCUCCAGUGGAAUCCUCUGCACCCCCACCUCCACCCCCAGAACCAGCAGAAGCCCCACCCCCUCCUCCUGGUGAUGAAAUGCCAACAACUUCAGUAGUAAAACCUGCGUCACUUUCACGACCUGUGGUCGACUACUCCGAUUUGGACAUGGCUAGUGCAAGUCCCCCUCCUGUGACUUUGCUCGCAGCAGUGCCACAAACUACUGGAAUUCAAUUACCAGCGCCGCCUCAGGAAACGACUGAUGCUGUAAUAUCCUCACCGGCGACAGUAUCGACAAAACCUAAAGUCAAGAAGAAGAAAAAGACGUCCAAAGUUGGUUCGGCGCUUCUUUCGUCCAAGGCACGGAAAGUUUCUUCUCUGGUUCAGAAGUGGCAGAGUAUAAAACAACAAGAAGAACCAGCACUGGACAGCAGCGAAGACGAGGAGGAACAUAAUGAUCCUGUGCGACAAAUAGAAGAAUGGAAGAAAGUACACUUAGAGAGUGGUCAGGCAGCUUACAAUCCUAACUUUGAAGAAAUCAAGGGGGACUGGCGAGAGAGAAUCCGACAACGACAAGCCAAGGCUAAGAGUGGGGCUGCUGCUGACCAGAAAGACACGUAGGUUCAAAACAGUAGUUGAAGCAAGAAAGAAGCUUGGUGUCCGGUCCUCCGCGUCACUAGCGGCCGCUUGGAGGCUAAACGGCUAAACGGCUAAACAACAAGGAAAAGCUUAGACUUCACUCCACAGAAUUGGAGAAAGGAAAGCUGUUGAGAUGUAUUAAACAUCCCAGACUCGUAGAGACUGCAGCAAAUGUUUUCCAAGUCUAAACUUCACUUUCUAGUGAGCAUCUUUAUCCCCUUAGCCCUGAUAGAUAUCAACAUAUAGAUUCUCCUUACCGUUCCAUACAUAUUCUUAUGCUGCUAGUUGGGAGAAUGUGAUGAUUCAGUACGUCUGUUCUCUCGGUUAUCAGUUUCGUAAUUCUUAUUACCUGUACACCUGUCUCUGCCUUGAUCUUAAGAAGAGAGCCGAGAUGUUGAUCACCGUUAGCGGAUAAGACUGUGUAUAAAGAAGUGUAGUUGCGUAAAACGUGUAUGUAAAACUGCGAUUUGUAGCUCUA